AUGAAGUCUGACGUAAAAAUGUUAAAGAUAUUUUUUCUUGUGAGAAACACGUGCAUUGUCACUGGAACACAGAUGUUGGUUGAAGCUUCACUAAUUUAUUGUCCAAAUUCCAAUCAACGAAGAAGGGGACGACAAACGUACACUAGAUUUCAAACUUUAGAACUCGAGAAAGAAUUUAAAUUUAACAGAUAUCUUACACGGCGUAGGCGCAUCGAACUAUCACAUAUGUUAUGUCUUACGGAACGCCAAAUUAAAAUUUGGUUUCAAAAUCGCCGAAUGAAAGAAAAGAAAGAACUCCAAGCUAUAAAAGAACUUAAUUCCCAAACACGUCCGGGUGACAAAAAAGAUGAUGCGAGCGAAAAGGACAAAGAUCUGAAAGACUUGGUGACCAAAGAUACGUUAAGUUGA